UCAAGCGCCUUGAGGUCUGAACUGUUUACUUCAUCUGUGAUGAUGAAGCGAGGAAGAAGCGGCUAGCUGGCCUAGCUCCGGAGUGGAGGAGUCGAUAAGAGAUGGAGGAAAGGGGCGCUCGAAGAUGGUUUAUAUUGAUAAACCUCUGUAUGGUUUACACCUGACAGCAGCUGUCGUUUCUCACCUGUUCGCUGGAAAACUGCUAUUACGCGGUUAGCUGCAGCUGCUAGCAUAUUAACAUGCUAGGCUAAUUUCCUCAGGUUUCUAUAGAGUAGGCUAAACUACGCUAGGCUAGGCUAGGCUAAACUACGCUAGGCUAGGCUAAACUAAGCUAAGCUAGGCUAAACUAAGCUAGGCUAAAUUAAACUAAGGAAUCUGCAACGGCUCGGGUUUCUGUGCAAAAUGAAAAUGGCCGCUGCUUUAAACUCCUGUGUCUCCGCGGCUGGGAUCAGUUUGUGAUUUCCCACUCUUUACCCUUCAGUCGCUGCUGGUUGGACAGUGUUGGUCGCAGGGCGCAAAACCAGUUCGUAGAUCCCCGUUUGGUCGGGGCCUGGAAUGGAGCCAGGCGACUUGCGAGAAAGCCCCGCGGGCUCCGGCGAGUCGGAUGUGGGGGACUGGAGGGAGGUUAUUCCCGGCGGUGACGAGGAGGAGGAUUCUGACGCGAAUGCUGCCAAAAUGAACGCGACAAAAGCAGAGAAUGCUCUCAGAGACGCCCACGAUGAAAGAGACGUCGGAGAGCACCUCCACAGUCCGUAUGAAGAGGAGCUGGACCCCCGGAUUCAGGAAGAGUUGGAGCACCUGAAUGAAGCCAGCGCAGAAAUCAACAGAGUAGAACUGGAACUGGAUGAUGCCAGGUCUGCGUACAGGAAGAUCCUCACCGAGUCUGCCAGGAAGCUGAACGCUCAGAGCUCUCAGCUCGGCAGCUGUAUUGAAAAAGCAAGACCGUACUAUGAAGCUCGGCGCCUUGCAAAGGAGGCUCAGCAGGAGACCCAGAAGGCAGCUCUGAGCUAUGAGCGGGCCGUUUCUAUGCAUACUGCUGCCAGGGAGAUGGUGUACGUGGCAGAACAAGGCCUGAUGGCUGAUGGAAAGAACACACUGGAUCCCACCUGGCAGGAGAUGCUCAACCACGCCACCUCCAAGGUAAAUGAAGCAGAGGAGGAACGAAUCCGCAGCGAGAGGGAACACAUGCGUGUUACACAUGCCUGUCAGGAGGCCGAGGCCCGGGUCCAGACUCUGCAGAAGUCCCUGAAGAGGGUCAUCUUGAAGUCCAAACCAUACUUUGAGCUCAAGUCACAGCUCAACCACAUUCUGGAGGAGCACAAAACCAAGGUUCUGCAGCUGGAACAGAACGUCUCCAAAGUAAAGACGUGCUACUCCAUCGCUCUGAGGAACCUGGAGCAGAUCAGCGAACAGAUCCACGCUCAGAGGGAGAGAGACCCGGCCGAGGAGGGAAUUCCCACCGGCUGCAGCGGGCGGAGCCCCCCUGUCGGAGCAGAGUCCGAUGCCAGAGUUCAGGAGGAAGACGGAGCCUGCGGCGUUGGUGCGGUCGGGAAGGAUCGACUGGAUACAGCCUUGGAUCUAGUGGACCAGUACAAGGAGAUGGAAAACGGAAAGGAGAGGGAGCGAGCCGGCUCGGAUUCCCUCUCCGUCUUCAGCCUGCAGACCAUCGCUUCCGACCUGGAGAAAUACGACUCAGUGGAGCAUCUCGGCGACCUCAGCGAUGUCGGGAGCGUAACUGGAGAUGAAGGGGAGAAAGAGAAAGUAGGUGGGAAAAAUAAAAGGGACAAGUUGAUGGAAACGAGCUACAAAGAUCGGCAGCAGCAGUUCUCCAAGCAGCACCACAGAAGCUUCAGCUUGUGAGGUCGAAGAUCGAAAGUAAAGUGGUUACACAGCAAGAACAAGCUGAAAACGCAAAACGUGAUUUCUAGAAAUGUAAAAUAUAAAUCUGUACAUGUAGUUUGAGCUUACACUGACAUAAUUAACACUGCAGCCUGGUUAGAACACUACCGUCUUCACGAGAACCCUGAAGGUAGAACUGUUCCUUUAGCAUGAAGGAACGAACAGAGAACUUAAAAAAGUCCGUGUUUGUUUUAGUUUCUCAGACUAAUCUCUGACCUGAUCUACAGAGACGCCUGGAAACCGUUGUUUCCCCUGCUGUCACAUCAGGCUGGAUCAGGUGUGAGAUAAACGGGUCACACGGCUUCCGCAGAACCUCAUAAAAUCAGGAAAAACAUGACAAAAAUGUUUCUAUGGCUGCGCAGACUGGAAGCACGCUUAAUUCUGCGGUUAUUUCCCGUUCCACGCAGAACGGAGCUGUUUGCAGCUGCAGAGGAGGCGUUUUUUGAGUGUUCCUGAAGCCAGUCUGAGGACGGCGUGCGCUACACGUGUUUAACAUGUUUUAGACAAAGAAGCCGCUUGGCUGUGAUGCUUUUUAUUUAAAGUGUGUAAAGGCUUCAUAUUUGUUAUUUAAAUAUUGUUUGCGUCUAUUUUUGUUUGCCUUAAAAAAACUAAAGCUCCUGUCGUGACUUGAUGUGUGCCUUGACACUUUAAAACUUUACUGGAUUUGGUUCCACAUGUUCAGAACGAACCAGAACUUUGACAAAAAAAAUGGAACAAGAAUUCAAAUGUUACUUUUGACACAAAUAUCUAAAAAGAAAACCGUAGUAACACGGCUUGUACAUGUUUGUAAUUAUUUAAGAUGAAUAUUUAAAUGUUGAGUUUUGAUGUAUUUAAAUCUCACACCAACAUCUGUAAACUCUCUGUUGCAUCAUCAGGCUUGGAAUCAAUAAAUCUGAUCUUUGCUUCUGAA